AUGGUUCUCCAAGAUCUCGGCCGCCGCAUCAACUCGGCCGUCACAAAUCUCACAAGAGAGGCCAACCUCGACGAAAAGGCUUUCGAUGCAAUGCUCAAGGAGAUCUGCGCCGCCCUUCUCGAGGCCGAUGUCAACGUGCGCCUCGUCGGCCAGCUGCGAAAGUCGAUAAAGUCCACCGUAAACUUCAAAGACCUGCCCCCCGCCGUCAACAAGAAGCGCCUCAUUCAAAAGUCCGUCUUUGACGAGCUCGUCAAGCUCGUCGACCCCCACGCCGAGCCCUUCAAGCCCAAGAAGGGCAAGUCCAACAUCAUCAUGUUCGUCGGUCUGCAGGGUGCCGGUAAGACGACGACAUGUACGAAGCUCGCCCGCCACUACCAGGCCCGCGGCUUCAAGGCCUGCCUGGUGUGCGCCGAUACCUUCCGUGCCGGUGCCUUUGACCAACUGAAGCAGAACGCGACCAAGGCCAAGAUCCCAUACUACGGCUCCCUGACCGAGACGGACCCCGCGGUGGUCGCCCGAGACGGUGUCGAGAAGUUCAAGAAGGAGAAGUUCGAGGUCAUCAUCGUCGACACGUCAGGUCGCCACAGGCAAGAGGAGGCUCUGUUCCAGGAGAUGGUGGACAUCCAGACGGCGAUCCGGCCCGACGAGACGAUCAUGGUGCUCGACGCAUCCAUCGGCCAGCAGGCCGAGUCCCAGGCGAAGGCGUUCAAGGAGGCGGCAGACUUUGGAGCCAUCAUCAUCACAAAGACGGACGGCCAUGCCCACGGCGGUGGCGCCAUCUCCGCCGUCGCCGCGACACACACGCCCAUCGUCUUCAUCGGCACGGGCGAGCACAUGCUGGACCUCGAGCGCUUCGCGCCGCAGCAGUUCGUGCAGAAGCUGCUCGGUAUGGGCGAUAUGGCGGGCCUCGUGGAGCACGUGCAGAGCCUGAAGCUGGACCAGAAGGACACGAUAAAGCACAUCACGGAGGGCAUCUUCACGGUGCGCGACCUGCGGGACCAGCUGUCCAACAUCAUGAAGAUGGGCCCGCUGUCCAAGAUGGCGGGCAUGAUCCCGGGCAUGAGCGGGAUGAUGCAGGGCAUGGACGACGAGGAGGGCAGCGCGAAGCUGAAGCGCAUGAUCUACAUCUGCGACUCGAUGACGGACAAGGAGCUCGACUCGGACGGCAAGCUCUUCAUCGAGCAGCCGACGCGGAUGACGCGCGUGGCCCACGGGUCGGGGACGUCGGUGCGCGAGGUCGAGGACCUGCUCACGCAGCAGCGGAUGAUGGCCGGCAUGGCCAAGAAGAUGGGCGGCAACAUGAAGAACAUGCAGCGCGCGCAGUCGGCGAUGGGCGGCGGCAACAAGGCGCAGCAGCUGGCGGCGAUGCAGAAGCGGUUGCAGAGCAUGGGCGGCGCCGGAGCCGGAGGCGGUAUGGGCGGCAUGCCGGAUAUGGGCAGCCUGAUGAAGAUGCUCGGCGGUGGAGGUGGCGGCGGCGGCGGCAUGCCGAACAUGCAGCAGAUGCAGCAGAUGAUGCAGCAGAUGGGCAUGGGCGGCGGUAUGCCUGGUAUGGGAGGCAUGCCCGGCAUGGGCGGUGGCCGUGGAGGAAGACGCUAG